AGACAGAUGACUAUGCAGAGAUUAUAGAUGAAGAAGAUACUUACACAAUGCCAUCAAAAAGCUAUGGAAUAGAUGAAGCCAGAGAUUAUGAAAUUCAAAGGGAACGAAUUGAACUGGGGCGCUGCAUUGGUGAAGGACAGUUUGGAGAUGUACACCAAGGAGUUUACAUGAGUCCGGAAAAUCCAGUUAUGGCUGUUGCAAUCAAAACAUGUAAAAACUGCACCUCAGACAGCGUUAGAGAAAAAUUCUUACAAGAAGCCUUAACCAUGCGUCAGUUUGAUCAUCCUCACAUUGUGAAGCUCAUAGGAGUGAUUACAGAAAACCCAGUUUGGAUAAUCAUGGAGCUCUGUACACUUGGGGAGUUGAGAUCGUUUUUGCAAGUAAGAAAAUACAGCUUGGAUCUCGCCUCUCUGAUACUCUACGCUUACCAACUUAGCACAGCACUUGCCUACUUAGAGAGCAAAAGAUUUGUACAUAGGGAUAUUGCUGCUAGAAAUGUGCUGGUAUCUGCCACUGACUGUGUGAAAUUAGGUGACUUUGGUUUAUCCCGAUACAUGGAAGACAGUACUUACUAUAAAGCUUCCAAAGGAAAAUUGCCUAUCAAAUGGAUGGCUCCAGAGUCAAUCAACUUCCGACGGUUUACCUCAGCUAGUGAUGUGUGGAUGUUUGGUGUGUGUAUGUGGGAGAUCCUAAUGCAUGGGGUAAAGCCUUUCCAGGGAGUGAAGAACAACGAUGUGAUUGGGCGAAUUGAGAACGGCGAGCGGCUCCCAAUGCCUCCGAACUGCCCUCCUACCCUCUACAGCCUUAUGACCAAGUGCUGGGCAUACGACCCUAGUAGGCGACCCAGGUUUACUGAACUUAAAGCACAACUCAG